AUGCUUACCUCCACUCAAGUCCCUGAAGCACUACACGGUGACGAGCCAGACAUCACACCAGUGCAGCCAUCUUCGUCUCCAUCGCAGCGCCCCCAGCUUAGCCCCGAGCACCAGAAGAUCGUCAAGUCUACUGCGCCCGUGCUGGCCGAACACGGUGUUGCCAUCACUUCGCACUUUUAUAAGCGCAUGUUGAACAACCACCCUGAACUGCGCAACAUAUUCAACUCAGCACACCAAAGUACGGGGGCGCAGCCUGCGGCUCUUGCACACGCGGUGUGGGCAUAUGCUGCCAACAUCGACAACUUGGGGGCCUUGACCAGUGCGGUUUCUCGAAUCGCCCACAAACAUGUCAGUCUUGGGGUCACUCCCGACCAGUAUCCCAUUGUUGGGGAGAACCUGCUUGCCUCUAUCCAAGAAGUACUGGGGGAUGCGAUCAACCAACCCAUUCUGGACGCCUGGGCCGCAGCCUACCAACAGCUCGCCGAUAUCUUCAUCGACGUCGAGCACAGCCUGUACGAAUCAGCCGAACACAGUCCUGGCGGCUGGACAGGAUGGCGCAAAUUCAAAGUUGCGCGCAAAGUCGUCGAGAGCGAUGAGAUUAUCUCGUUCUACUUAGAGCCAUUGGACGGAGGUCCGCUGCCGCACUUCAAGCCGGGCCAGUACAUCUCGGUGAGAGUAUUCCUACCGGAGCUAGGAGUGUACCAGCCUCGUCAAUACAGCCUUUCUGACACAGAUGAUGGGAGACAUUUUCGAAUUUCGGUCAAGAAGGACGCGGGCACGAGCCCCGCGCCGCCGGGACGAGUGUCUAACCUCUUGCACGAGAACUUGCCGGAAGGCGCAGAGCUCGACGUCAGCAACCCGUUUGGCGAUUUCACCCUCGACGUGGCCGGCUCAGAUGAACCCGUCGUGCUGAUCAGCGGCGGCGUUGGGAUCACGCCCAUGUUGUCCAUGCUGGGGACGCUGGUCGAGCAGGCGCCCACGCGGCCGGUGGUCUUCAUCCACGCCGCCCGCAACGGCAAGGUCCACGCCAUGAGGGACUACCUGGCGCGCAUCAUCAAGGACAACCCCCAGGUGUCAAAGGUCGUCUUCUACGGAGAGACCGAAGCCGCGGAGCGUGAGGGCGUCGAUUACGACUUUGUCGGGCGCCUCGUGCUCGAGAACAUCAAGGAUAAAGUCCUCCUGCCAGGCGCGAGCUACUAUCUGUGCGGACCGAUCCCGUUUAUGCGCCUCCACCAAAAAGCCCUCGAGGACCUGGGCGUCCCUCCCGAGCGGAUCCAUUCUGAAGUCUUCGGCUCGAGCGUGGCCUGA